CCAGCCUUCAUAAUCCAUCCAAGACUUCAUUCAGCUGAGGCGUGUACCCGAAAGGGAAGACACGCACGCAACACGGGCUGACGCAGUUAUUUGCCUCACGCGUGCAUUUCCCACCAAACCCAACCUCCAAGAAAAAAGAGAGUCGGCUACCGGUUCCAUUUUCAUACCGAGUAACAGAACAGCGUCUUUUCAUGGUUGCGUUGAAUGUUCGCUGACUCUCAAACACCUACCGAACCGGCCACUCCGAUCCUGGACCAGCAAACUAUGACCGAUAACGAUAACAAGCCUUCAGAUCCCACGGCUGGAGCUGACCUACCCAGACUGCCCACCUCAUUGCAAGAGGUCAUCAUACAUUCUCUCCCACACACUGCUUUUUACAUUUCAGAAUUCCUCACCGAGGAGGAAGAAAGGCAGAUCCUAGCCAAGAUAGAUGCGGCCCCCAAACCAAAAUGGAAACAACUUACACACCGCAGGCUUCAAACCUGGCCCUCAGAUUUAGUCAACAACACUCUCUUGGACGCACCUCUACCAACAUGGCUCGAAGAGCCUGUGGUAUCUAGACUGGCAACCAUCCCCCUUGCGAACACGAGCGAGAGAUCCAUUUUCUCCGACAGUCCACACCGCCGGCCGAACCAUGUACUCAUCAACGAAUACCCUCCGGGCAUCGGCAUCAUGCCACACAAGGACGGGCCAGCGUAUCACCCGGUGGUUUGCACCGUCAGUCUUGGAGGCAGCAUUUGUCUCAACAUACAUAAAAGCAAGGAUGACGGAACUUUAGAGUCUGAGCCCUCAUGGCGAGUGCUACAAGAACCAAGAAGCCUUCUCAUCACCACCCAGGACCUUUACACGAAAUAUCUCCAUGGCAUCGCAGACGUAAAUGCAGAUGAAGGACUCUCCGAAGCAACUGUUACAAACUGGAACCUGUUGCGAUCCAAGGAAGCGUUUGUUGGCGGACGCAGCGAACGUACAGUACGGACGAGCCUCACAUACCGAGAUGUCAUGAAAGUUUCCAAGCUAGGCAACAAGCUUGGUGCUUUCCUCAAACGAUAAGAUCAAGCCGAUUGGCUAUGUGCGAUUUUUGUCAUCUGGCCAUGAUUUUUUUCUGUGAAUCAACUAGUACACCAGGGGGAUCAUGGUCCAUCGGGACGCUAUCUUGUCGGCGCCAAAUUUGGUUUCGUACCAUUUUCGAGUGCCGUAUGCCGUCAAGCCAAGGUUGACUGCAACAAAUACAACUGCCGCGAGUAUCGUUUUAUUAAACAGUUGCCCUUCCGGUGCUGCCACGAUUGCCAGCGAGAAGUAGAUGAGACACUCGCAGGUGUAGUGGGCGCAAACCGUGUACUGGAAGAGCCCGUGUGUGGGGAGCGAGUAUUUCUUGAGAUUUGCCAAGUGGCUGUGGCACUUGAACUGGGUCACUGAUGCAAUGAGGAACAUGACAGAGCCAGUGAAAACAUUGAGACCAGCACCAUGGACAUUAUUGGGAUUUGACCAUUGGUCGAGGAUAGAGCCUUGGGGUACACAAAAUUAGCGGUUUGGGAAUGAGACUUGACGCCGCUGGCUGUUCGUUCUGCAGUGAAGGCAUAGGCGCGCUCACCUGAACCUUGGAUCCACACGGCAACACUCAUGAACAUGUAGAAAGACAGCCCGAGUGCCCAAUGAACGAUCCACAUCUUGGAAGUCGAAGAUUGGACGACGAAAAGUUGCUCGAAUAGUCGCCUAGCUCCCUGCAGUGCCAUCAAAGCCCAUGCCACCUUGACCGCCACCAGACUCUGGUCCGCGGUUUCGGAACGGCCAGCAUCCUGGGCCGACGCGAUCACCCGCAACAGUUCACUCUGGAAGACGAAUUGGUAUGCCCAGAAGGCUGAACCGGCCAGCGAGGUUGCAUAAAAAGCAGCGAACCACGAAUGCGGUAUCUGGCCCCACGACGUGACGGUGGCGGUGAUGGCCUCUAACCAGUCCCCAGCCGCAGCUGCACUUGGUCUUGAGCCGCCGCGGGCGCCGUAGUCAAGAAGGAGUCUGCGGGUUCGCGAGGGUAGGACUGUGAGGGCGAGGACUGCGGCUGCUGCUAGGAUGAAGAAUGUCUGUACCCAUUGAGCUGGAGACAGUAACUGGAAGACGGUGAUGCCGUACUCGUAAACCCGCAUUUCUGUUCAAAAAGAAAAGCGUUUGCACUGGACGAAUUCUCGAGAUUAACUCACUUUACCGGGCCCAGAAAAGCGACAACAGUACAAAUGGCCGUUUGGGCAGACCGAAAUGGUGUUGGCGGAUGUUUGGGAAGUUUGCUGAAUGUUUCUUGGACUUCACUUCCUCGCUGGUUUCUUAAAGCUUUCGACGACCCACCAAACAACCUGUUCAGUUGCUUCUCCACCAGAGGCUGGGGUCAGUAUCAUUCAUGUGCUUGUCUCGCGGAAGCAUUUAGUAAAUAACAAUUUGCC